AUGGCUUCACCACACCACGUCCUCAUCCUCGGCGGCCACGGCAAAAUCGCCCAGCUCCUCACCCCACUGCUCCUCAAGCGCUCCUGGACCGUCACCAGCGUCAUCCGCAAACAAGAACAGGUGCCCGCCGUCGAAAAGCUCGGCGCUGGAUUGCCAGGCCGGCUCAGCGUCCUUGUCCGAAGCAUUGAAGACGUCGAUAGCCAGGAGAAGGCAGCGAGCAUCUUGGACGAGGUCAACCCAGACUACGUCGCAUGGAGUGCCGGUGCCGGUGGUAAAUACGGUGCUGAAGGCACAUACCGCAUCGACCGCGACGCCGCAAUCAACUUCAUCAACGCCGCCGCCGCCAAACCGUCCAUCAGCCGCUUCCUCCUCGUUUCCUACAACGGCUCCCGUCGCAAAGCAGCUCCCUGGUGGACCGCCAGCGAAUGGGAAGACUACCACAAGAACAUCAACUUUGGCGUACUGGCGACCUAUUACCAAGCCAAGAUCGCCGCCGACGAAGUCCUAUACGAAGUUUCCAAGCAGAGCCCAACCUUGGUAGGCAUUGACCUCCGCCCGGGCAGAUUGACGGAUGAUCCCAAGGGAAACGUCACACUAGGUAGAAACAAGAACGUCCAAGGGGAAGUUUCUAGGGAAACUGUAGCUCAUGUCGCUGAUGCCAUUCUUGCUGCUGAUGGUGUCAAGAGCGGGUGGAUAGAUUUACUCAAGGGGGAUGAUGAUAUCAACGAAGCUGUUGCCGCCGUAGUCCGUGAUGGCGUUGAUGCUGCUGAGGGCGAAGAUAUUUAUGCAAAGCACGCGUAG